AUGAUGGUAACGGUAUACAAAUAUCCGCAGAAUAUCUACAUGUUGUUAUCGAUUACCCUCAGACAGAGUCCUAUAAAUGUAGACCUAGCGUGGCGACCUUUCUAUCUGGUUAUCGAAGAGGAUAUCUCACCGAUACCUACACUCAUGGUCUUGAUACGGUUCAUCAUUGUCAAGUACUACACAAGGUAUUACAGCUUCUGCAGCAUCGGACAGGACUUCCUGACCGACGUAAGCAUGGCACGUAUAAAACUAGAUGCCACAGGAUCGGAUUUGAGCUACCGCCGUUUGCAGCUCGCCAUCGAUAAUGGCUGCCAGGCCUUUGUAGUGGAUGAACCGGGUAUACUAUGGUUUCUGGAUCAGUAUGUUCCGGCGCACCACAGCUCACAGCAACGAUCGAAGGACAAAAGUGUGCUGUUCUUAGUAACGAAGAGCAACAGUGUUACCAUGCUAAAGCUUAUUUCUCAACAUGUGUCCCUGAGAGACAUCCUUAACGUCCUAAUAAUCGUGUACAAUGCUGAGAAUUUACGUCCGGAUCGGUUGUACACCACACUUAUCUCCUUCGCGGGAGUACAGCAAGCCAAUCUGAAUCAUCGGACAUCACUCCAGAUCAUCAGGGUCGAUUGGAAGAACUGGAAAACAACUCAAUUUUUUCCCGACAAAUUGGCUGAUCUUCAGGGAUUCGUGCUGCGAUCAGGUGUAUUCAACUAUUUGCCUUUCUCCUUUUAUGAGCGUAUGGAUCCGGGCUUGGGCAAUGCAUACGAUCCAGCUACAGGAGAACGUUCUAUUUGGUUGGAUGGUACAGAGUUUAGACUUUUGGUAUCCUUCUGCGAUCGGCGAAACUGUAACAUUCUCGCCUUUACCGAAGAUGAGGAUGAAUUGGGCAUAGUUUACGCAAAUGGCAGUGGAAACGGUGUAUUGGGAGGCGUAGCGGAGCGUCGUAUAGAUUUGGCCCUCGGGGCCGUAUAUUAUUGGCUAGGACCAUACAACUUCACUGAUUAUACGAUGAGCAUAAGCCGUUCGGGAGUAACGCUGCUAGCACCUAGACCUCAUAUGCUCCCGUUUUGGUAUACUCCCUUUCUCUCGUUCUCCGGUGUACUCUGGGUGGUUGUACUUUGCACCUUAUUUGCGGGUAUCGGUGCUGCUUGGUAUAUCGGAUACUUUCGGUAUCGUUUGCUCACAUCAUGCAUCGUGGAACAACAGAUUCAGAACGUGGCGGAGCAGCUUUCGUUUAGUGAUGCAAUCCUCAUGGUCGUCGGAUUCUUCGUCGCACAAUCCGCCUCGAUCCGCACGGAUUUGUGGUCGUGUGUGAUACUGUUUGCGUCCCUUCUGUUGGCCGGCUUUAUGGUGAGCAAUUGCUACAGCGCAGGACUGGCUAGCAUAAUGACGGUGCCACAGUACGAACAGUCCAUCGACACAGUGUUCGAGUUUGCCCAAAGCGGACUCCAAUGGAUUAGUCCAACAGCUAUCAUUUUGGAAGGAAUAUCUAACGCCACGGAGCCUCAUAUGAAGAAAAUUGAGUCCAAAUUUGUAUUGGUCACGAGUGCUCGGUCGGUACACUACGCUCGUCUAGGACAGUUCGGGUUUAUCAUCGAACGGGCGCAGCAUGGAAAUUUUGCGCCGAGCAAUUUCCUUGAGCGAAACACAUCCACGCUGUAUCAGAAGCUGCUAGACGACAUGUACUAUCAAAACUGUGCGGCAAUUAGUACCAAAACUAACCCACUGUUGGCUAACCUGAACGACUACAUACUGCGCGUGCAGCAGUCGGGCAUCCUGUACUACUGGGGCAGCAAAGUCGGCAUGCGAUACCUACCGGCGGACGUGUUCCGUAACAUCGAAAAUGCACGGCAACAUCAUCACCUCGGCGAUGGAGCGAUUCGCCUCCAAAUUGGUCAUUUUAUUGGAGCAUUUUUCAUUCUAGGUUACGGUUUGCUCUGUGCCGGGUUCAUCUUUCUGUUGGAAGUCUGGGGCACCGAGGUGAUUAGCCGUUUGAAGCGGAAGGUAAUCAUGAUGGUAGCGGAAUACAAAUAUCCGCAGAAUGCAGAAUCUACAUGA